ACUAUUUAUAAUUUUAGUUAAGAAUUUUGAGUGUUUUCACUGUUUUCAGUUUUGAUUGUUAAGAGUUUAAAUCUAUUUAUUAAGAAGUAUUGCGUAGACCGUAGUUAAUUACUUACUAAAUAAUAUAUCGGCGUAUUAAUUCAAUUUUGUAAUAUUAUUUUGUUGUCUAUACUUCUUACAGACCACAUUCGUUUAGAUAAAACUUAAUUAUAACUUUUGGAGCACAAUAGACGACAGACAAAUAAUAUUACUCUUAAUUUAUUAUUAUUUAUAUUUUUUGCGAUAUUAUUGUACAUCAAAAAUAAUUGUUUAAAAUGCAGAUUCCCGAUCGAAGAAAACUAUUUCAAAAACGCCAUCAUCGUAGGGAAGAAAUUGAAGCUCAACUACGUAGAGCACAGAUUGAAGAUCAAUAUAGUACUGAAGAUUCUAGUUCUGAAGAUGAAGAGUCAUCUGAAGGCGAGUCAGAUGACGAAGAGUCAUCAGAUGGUGAAUUAGAUCAAGUAAUAAAUGAAGACGAACUAGAAGAAGCUGAUGAAUCUGAAAAGGAAGAUGAUGAAUCAGAAAAAGAAGAAAAUGGAUUAGAAGAAGAUGAAGUUGAAUUAGAAGAAGAAGAAGACGAAUUAGAAGAAGAAAAUGAUGAAUUAGAAGAAGAUUGCAAUAUGAGUUUAAGUGAAAAUAGCUUAUCUAAUGGCAGUAGUAAUCAUAAUAAAUCCAAUAAUAUAUCUUUAAGUACAAUAAAAAUUGAUGAUAGUGAAAUGUCUGUUGUCUGCGAUACAACUAAUGAGACACUUUGUGAUAAUACUCCAAUUGCUAAAAAUAAUAAUGUACUAAUGAACGAAAAUAAUUCUGAUGAUGAUACAUUACAGUCAUUGAAUGACUCUAACUUUGAUAUGAAUGAUCAACAAAUCCAAGUUGUUGAAUGGAUGAUUACUAGAGAAAGUCAAAAACCAUAUGGUGGAAUAAUUGCAACUGAUGGUACCACUGAUUAUAAAAUUACAAUAUUAAUGAAGUUGUUAUUGAAAUCCAAUGUUCCUAAUUCAUAUAAUACACAAUCAGAAGGAGAGUCUGAUUUGGAUGAAACUAUUUUCUCAAAAGGAUGCACAUUGAUUUUAUGCCAAAGAUCAAGUAUAGAUGAUUGGAUUGAUUCUAUUGAAAAGAAUAUACAACCUGGCACAUUAAAUGUAUGGGUACACUAUGGGAGAAAUAGAGAUAUAUCACUAUACGAUUUAACUCAAAAAGAUAUUGUUAUCACAACAACUACAUUGGUUGUAGCAGGAUUCCGCAAAAAAGAAAAUAAUCCAUUUUAUCAAAUAAAUUGGAAGCGAAUAAUAUUGGACGAUGUUAAGCUUUAUAAUUAUAAACAACAAACUUCUAAGGCUUUAUGUCAGUUAUUAGGCAUUUGUCAUUGGGUUUUUUCUGCGCCAGCAAUUAUUAACAAUGAUGAUGAUGAAGCUAUGUAUAGUUUAAUUAAAUUUAUAAAUUAUAAACCAUUAAAUAUGUUUGAAAAUUGGAAAAAUUGGAUUAAAACAAAUCAAACUGUAUCAAUGUAUGAAAAGUUAAAGCAUAUAUUGUAUAAUGAUAAGAAAAUUGUUUGAUUUCAAAGCACCUACAAUAUUUAUUACU